GUGAUGAAGAAAAACAAGCGGGAGCGGGACGAUGACAGCAUGCGCCACGGUGACCAAUAUGACACCCAGCUGCUGUGGUUCCUGAUGAGACACAUGAGGAACAGGAGACCACCGAGGACUCGCCGCGAAGGAGCAGACGAGGACACUGAUGAGUCCUGGAGCUCUCCAGACUCCUCCGAUGAGGAGGAAGGAGGUCCCGACCACGUCCAGUGCAUGUCGUCUUGAGCUCCACACACAGACAUACUCGUGCACACAUACAUAUAGAAACAUAACACACCUCAUCGCCCUUGAAGUGAUGCACAUGAGCAAUCGUUGAGACACUGAUGAGCCACUGACUCUUCCACAAAAACAGAUCAACAUUUAUGUAAACAAACUGUUGAAGCGGAGCCGUUUGGCUCCUGGUUUCCUAGUGACGAGUGUGCAACUGGAGACUGCAACACUUCCAGAAUUAUUUUUCUUUCUUCUUCUUGACAUGUGCACAGAGGUUUGGCGAGCACUUCUUUUAAAACCAUGUGGAGGCCCCUGCUUGCCCCCCCAUGCAUUCUUGUUCUUUUCAUAGACCUGGAAAGCGCGUAUGGCAGCGAGUACCUCCACGUUUAGGCAAUCUGUAGUGAGCUUUAAAUCACCAGCAGACCGUCUCUUUGUUGUUGGUACCUUUUCAACCAGUGUGGAUGAAGAAGGGUUCAGCAGCGAGGAAGGGUGUAGGCUUGUCUCCUCAAACUGUCCCCCAGUAUGUGACUCCCUUUAAGAUUUGGAAUGUGUGCGGGAAAGCCUAGAGCUCCUCGCUGCUUUGCCCCAGCUACGUUUUUUUUUUUUUUUUGAGCAACUUGAGACAGCAUUUUUUUUUACAGUCGUGAUCCCCGAGAAUCUACAUGCUGCAUCGUCCCACGUUCUUUCCGUCUUUACUGCGCACACUUUGAAUCAGGGAUGCUUUAGUGCGGGACAAAGUGUGCACCGCGUUCAAUGUCGAGGGAAGAGCUGUUGUAUUUAUCACAAAAUUCAGAAGCUUAUCAGAAAAACUUUAACGUUUUGUUUGUUUGUGGAGACCGGAGAUAUUUUGGCCUGGAGUGUUCGACUGAGGAGUGGCGUCCUUUGUUUCCACCUGCCUGUCCUGCUUGUACUUCCUUUCUCCUUUCUGUUUAAAAACCCAUUUUUGACAGAAACUGUUCUGUUCAGCUCUUGGCGAACGUGAAAUUAAGAAGUAGAUGGGAAAUGAUUGAUCAUCAGCUCUGUUUGGGGUCAGACCUGACUUGGAUCAAAUCACAUUUCAAACGCUGCCUUUGAGCCAGGAAAGAUCAGAAUAAUCUGGUGUUUGACGUACUUUGGAUUAUUCACUUAUUUGCCACAAGUUUGUUGGCAAUGAAACAAACGCAUCUAAAAUAUUUUACAUUUUUGAGACGAUCCCUUGAGCCAGGUUGGGGUUUUACAACCGACACCUGAUUCUGUCUGUGCUGAGCGCUGGCUAAAUGAUGGAAGCAGCGAGCAGCAGGGUCAAUAUCUCUUCUUUUUGUGUGUGUGUGUGUGAGAGAGAGCGAUAAAGUCCAGUUUCUCAUAUACAAUGAGAACUGUAGUUAGUUGAAUUUAUAUGUACAUAUAUAAAUAUAUAUUAGAACUGUAAAGAAAAUAGCAGAUGCUGUUUGACUUCAGAAGAAAAGGACGUCAACACAUUUGAUGGGUAUUGAUGCAGAGAUUUAUAUUCUAUACUGUACAUGGACAAAGAACUUUUAGAAUCCAGAGGGGAGGAAAAAGUUGACUUGUCCAUUUCUGUUUGGGUUUUCUUGACAUCUCUGUCAUGUCGGUUCUUACACUGAUUCCAUUUCUUGUUCAAGAUUUAAAAGUUUCCUUUAAAGAUCCCGAUCCGUAAUUUGAAACCAUUACAUCCAGGUGGCUAUUUUUCACAUCUUGCAUACAUAACAAUAAAGGCUUUUGAUCAACUGUUUCCC